AUGUCGUUUUGGAGGCGUUGGUCGGUGUCAAUGUGUGCUCCGCAGAAGAAGAACACCGUCCUCUGAAAGAAUCCUUCAGAGUAACCGGAGUGAACUACUUUGAAACUUAACCUUUCUUUUGUUUUUAUUCGUAAUACCACUACGUUAUUUGAAGUUAUCAAAAUGAUGAAGAACGGGCACCACGCCGCGGAGGAGCAGCGGGAAGAGGACUCAGUUUGCGGUACACCGGGUGGCUCUGCGUGCAGCCCGGAGAAAAGGAAGCGCGUCGUCCGGUUAUGGUGUGACGGCUGUUAUGACAUGGUUCACUACGGUCACUCCAACCAGCUGCGGCAGGCCAAAGCCAUGGGAGACUACCUCAUAGUCGGAGUGCACACAGAUGGUACACACAUGCACGAUAACCCAGAUUACCAGCAGCACACGGACAACUUUGGGAAAGGUCCUAAAGGCCACAGUCCCUGGACAGGAGUGUCUCAGUUCCUCCAGACAUCCCAGAAGAUCAUCCAGUUUGCCUCAGGAAAGGAGCCUCAGCCCGAAGACACCAUCAUCUACGUGGCCGGGGCAUUCGACCUGUUCCACAUUGGUCAUGUUGACUUCUUAGAGAUGGUCUAUAAGCAGGCAGAGAGGCCCUACGUCAUCGUGGGUCUGCACUUUGACCAGGAGGUGAAUCGGUACAAGGGGAAGAACUAUCCAAUCAUGAACAUCCAUGAGAGGACGCUGAGUGUCCUGGCCUGUCGGUACGUCUCGGAGGUGGUGAUUGGUGCUCCCUAUGCAGUGGGCAAAGAUCUGCUGGAUCACUUUAGGGUGGACCUGGUGUGUCAUGGCAAGACGGAGGUGUUUCCUGACAAGGACACGUCAGACCCCUACGCUGAGCCUAAGAAGAGGGGGGUCUUCAAGGCAGUCGACAGCGCGAACAAUCUCACCACUGAUGACAUCGUCCAGAGAAUAAUUGCAAACAGGCUGCAGUUUGAAGCCAGGAACCAGAAGAAGGAGGCCAAGGAGAUGGCAGUGAUCGAGGCGAUGAAGAGGACAGAGCAGGAUCAGAGUGAAGGUGCAGCCCAGCCCGCUCACUAGUGGCACCUCAGACCUGCUUCUGUGUGUGGUUCACUCGUCGCGGUACACUCAGCUUUAAGACUCAACUGACCCAGGGAGCACAGCCACUGGGUGAAGAAUCCUGCAUUCAAUAUAUGUUGUGGCAGUGUGCCGUGCACGCUGCUGAGUUAGCUCCUCUCAACCUUCUUCUAUUACAGACUUCUCCAGCCUAAUGCGAUUAAAAUAGAUCUGCCUCGACAACAAAUCAAAGAAUCCGAACUAACCUUCAAAAUCUAUUUUAACCUCUCGUCCUCCACAGAGAACAUUUUAAUGUGUGUCUUCUUCUGUCAUGUUUUGUCUUCGUCCAUGAAUUCACACACUGUGUUCCUGUAAAGGUGUAUAAGUGAUAUGUUGGGUUUGUAAUAAGCCAUAACUUAAAUGUUUUUAGAUUUUAAACCAUGUUUGUUUUAAAGAUCGGUCUUAGAAGUGGCAUCUUUUACAUUGAAUGAAGUAAAAAAAAAUGUAUACACUGGGUAAAAAAAUAUAUAUUUAGAAGUCAAUAUGUUUUUGUCCAUACUGAAAAAACAUUAUUUCAAAUGUCGAAUGAUCCGUGGAGCAGUCUUUUUAAUUUCAAUUGUGGAUUUAACUACCUGACUUUGCACCCAGCUAGUGUGUGUGUGUGUGUGUGUGUGUGUGUGUGUGUGUGUGUGUGUGUGUGUGUGUGUGUGUGUGUGUGUGUGUGUGUGUUUUUAUGUUUGAGCGAUGGAGUGAAGUUCGUGAGUGAGCGUUUGCACUGUAACUGACAGUAAUGUCGUGCCUCAUUCCUAACGGUAUAACUAAUUUAAGAUCUGUGAAUUGCACCAAAAAUGUAAACUCUGUCUCCGACCUUCUCAACUCGAAAAAAAUGUUCUGCAAAUCUAUUAUGUUUUCUCCUCUUUCACCAGAGAAUCCAACAACUUUCACAUUUGGACCUUGUCUCACUUUCAAACUGCUUCUGUAGAAGUUUACAGUCUUUUGAUUUUCCUGUUAUUAUGGGGCAUAUUACUCUGAGGUGAAUUGUUAAAGGUGCGAGACAAUUUGUGUUUUAUAAAUAUGUUUCUAAAUAUCAAUCACUAAAUUGCAACUUGUAAAUGUCCCUUUUAAUAAAUAAUUUGGAAAUAU